AUGGCUCCCCAAUAUGAGCGCGUUUUGCCCGCCAAGAACAACCCUCUCAUGACUGAGAGCGUUCCCGAUCAUGCCGAUUUGGUCGCGCGUAGACGCCUUGGUCAGACCAAGCUGACACCUAAGAUGGUUGGCACUGGUGACGCUGAGCACGCAGCUCUUGGCGUUUUCGACUACGCGCAUCUUCGAGCUCCCCUGCCAAAGGGAAUCGUCUCGGGCAUUUUCAAGUCCAGCCCUAACAGCUAUUUCCUCAUGCGACGCAGCUUUGAUGGUUACAUCUCAGCGACCGGCAUGUUCAAGGCCAGCUUCCCUUACGCCGAGGCAUCCGACGAGGAGGCGGAACGCAAAUACGUCAAGUCUCUUCCUUCUACGAGCCACGAGGAGACUGCCGGCAACAUCUGGAUCCCUCCGGAGCACGCUCUCAUUCUUGCCGAGGAAUACAAGAUUGCGCCUUGGAUCCGCGCCCUCCUUGAUCCCUCCAAGAUUAACGUGACAACUCCCCCGGAUUCUCCGGCCAAGAGCAUCGUGCCACCUCCCAAGUUUGAUCCUAUCAAGGCGUCUCAGCCUGUGUUGGCUCCCCCCACUCCAUCAACCAUUUCUCGAAGCACUCGUUCGCGUCGUUCAGCUAGCCCCACCAAGAGCACAAGACGCGCUCCUGCCUCGCCCCGAAAGCGAAGCACACGCGCCAAGGCAGAGGUCGUCGAGACCAUUGUUGAGAAGACCGAUCUAGUCAACGGCGCGAGUGAGACUGAUUCCAAAAUCGAGGAGACGAGACAAGGCGACAUUGUCUUGCAAUCGACCGAGUUUGAGCCUGCCAUCGUGCUGGAGCCCAGAGAGGAGGACCCCAAGGUCAGGGUUCACAUUGAGGAAGGUAUCACAACGGACGAUGCUGGCGUCGAAACAAAGCGCACAAUCACCGAAGUCGAACUCCCUCUACCAACUGCUGGCGAGCCUCCUACCGCCGAGGAAAUUGCUCAUAUGAUGGAAGCAGCCAAGGAGAUGGUCCAGAAGAGCAAGGCCGAUAUCCAUGCUGAGGAUGGAGACGAGCAACAAGAUGCCCCAGGUUCUGCUAAGAAAAGCAAGCGAAAGGCUGGUGAUAUCUCAUUGGGUGACAAGGACGAGGAGGCGACAGAGACCACCCCAGAGCUGCAGCCCAGGUCAAAGAAGGUCAAGACCGAGAUGCAGUUACGGAAAGAGAAGGUCAAGAAUCGCGCACUACUUGGACUAGGUGCCACUGUUGCAGUUGGUGCCCUUGUUCCUUGGCUCAUGAACUUUAUCUAA